AUGCGUAAACGUUUCUAUGGUUACCUGGACGCGCAGAGCCUUUUAGCUACACCACCCAAGAAAGGAAAGUCAUCAAAGGGACGUAAACUGACCAAGGCCCAGAAGGCCAAGCUGCAGCAGCAGGAGGAGGAGAGGAGGCUGCAAGAGGAAGAGGAAGCCCGGCUGCAGGCAGAGAAAGAAGAGCAGGAAAGACUGGAAAGAGAGAGAAAGGAGAAGGAGCUAGAAAGGCUCGAGUUAAAGGACCAAGAACGCAGAGAAGACGAACUGAACGAACUCCGCCAUCUACUGGAGGAGAAUCAUACUGCAGUAACCAAAUGGAAAACUGAUGCUGAGGAGAAAGCAAAUUGGGAGAGGUACAUGCGAUGCGAUGGUGCUCCAGACCCAGCAGUACAGCAGGAAGUUAACACAUAUAUCAGCCUAUGGAGAGAUGACCCAGAGGUCAACAUCACACUCGUGUUCAAGCAAUGUAACGUCGCUCUACAGCUGAUGGAGGAGCUGGAAGCUCUGCUUAGAGAUGUCACAGAUCCACAUGAGGGACAGAAGUUUCAGGAGGGUCUCACACACUUGCAGGAGCUAAUCCACUCGAAACACCACCUCACCACUGAGGAGAUCCUCAAGAGGGCCAGUGCAAACAUUGACACUGAGACAGGCAACAUGCAGACUGUGAUCAAAGAUGACAAUGUUACACUGUGUCUGUGGGCCAACCUCAAGAAAAAUCCAAGGUUUAAAGAAUUUAACUUUGAAGAGGUGGGCCUAGGCUUUGAGCUUCCCAAACAGCUGGCUGUGAGCAAUAUCGCAGUUCGGAUCCUUCACACACGCUAUGACCACCUGUCCUUACUGACCAGGAUGGCUCACCUGAAAAUACACACACCCAGCCACAGGUCUCUUUCAGGCGCUGAGGAGGUUCCAGCAGACACAGAUGCACCAGAGCAGGAGGAGACAAAAGCAGAGGGGGAGGUUAAGGAAGACAGCGAGAUGCAGCAGAGAGUGGAAGAGGGGGAGCAGUCCAUCCAAGGAUUUGAAGGGAGGAAGAGUGUAGCCAGUCUACAGUCGAGGAGAAACAGUGCCCAACCUUCGGAUGGCCGAGGGAGCCAGAUAGAGACACAGAUGGAGGCACUCGGUGGUGAGGGGAAUUUGACUUCUCCCUCAGUGCAGCUGACAGCGAUAGACAACAGAGAGUGUGUCCAGGUGGUGGAUUUAAUGCAGCACACACCUUUGGGUGGGGUCUUCUACUACGACAUGUUUCACCUCCCGCCACAAGCCCACCAUGUCAACGGCUGGGAAAUUAGAAAGCUGCUGGACAAAGGGCUACAGGUGUUCUCCUACCCUGUGGAGAAAUCCAACUUAGAUGAUAACGGCGCUCUUACCUGCCCUCCUGUUGGUGUGUCUGUGACGCUGCCUGACUCUGUCAUCUUCUUGGAACCUCCUCAGGUGGCUCGCUGGGAUGCUACAGUGAAGCAGUGGAGGAUGGAUGGGAUCACUGAUGUGUCUUAUGAGGAAGCAGAGGGCAAAAUCUCCUUCAAGAUGGACUCCUUCCAGGCCUUUGUGCUGAUGCAGGAAACUUACGCCAACUUUCCCUUCCAGAGCUGGGAGCUCAGGCCUUUGGGCCAAGACUCAGCUCUUUUCACCGUCAAUGGGGCACUCAUCGACCUCAGUAUCACAAUUCAGGGUGAUCAGUGUAUGUUGCAGUCAGAGCAGGAGAGAGGUCUGUCUCACCUCAUGGGGAAGUGGAUGAGUGGCCCUGUCCUGCAGAGAGCCAUGCUCAACUCAGGGAUCAACAUCUUUGUGAAUGAGUACACCGACAAAUACGUCAGCACCUGCAGCAAGGACCCUCUUACAGAACAUGCUGCCUACGAACAGAUGGCCCUCUUCGCCUCUGCCUGCGCUUUCUCGUGGAGCAAGUGGAAUGCUAAAUGUGGAGCUGAGAAUCUUGUCAUGCAGGUGUGUGAGCAUCUCGGAUCUGACCCAGUGCCGAAGGGCUCGUGGAGUCUCUACCUACUGGGCGCUCAGAGGAGUCAGAAGCUGGAGAUCAUAGAGAAGAGUGAGACUUUCUGUGCAGACUUUUGUCCUGGGAGUGAGUUUCACUCCACCUUCAUCCACAUGCUCCAAGACGACAUGAGCAUUGAGGGCAUAGCCAGGACAAGAGUAUCCAGCUAUCUGUUUGUCGAUACAGUUCAGAGCCUGCUCUGUGCCACCCGACCCCUGAUGUAUUCAUAA